CCACGGACUUAUAGAGUGCUCUCAAUGUUGAAUGCGACGCUUCUGAUGGAAGACUUUGUAAGAGCCGAUCUCUGGGACAUCGCUGUACCGUAUCAGCGCAAUUUCCUACCCCAAACUCUCUCGCCUGAGCAAAAGGAGGCUUUCCUUGCGAAGCAGCACGCCGUCUUAUCCAAAGAGGCCAAGGGCAUUGAAGGCGGGCCAAAGACGCCACAUGCAAAUCUUGCUACGUCAGCAGACGCAUACCUCUAAGUCUUCGCGCAUCUCGGUAGUGGUGGACAUGGCGUCGUCGACAAGGUAAAAGUCAAAGUGUCCCAAAACGCCUAUGCUCGCAAAACACUUCUGCUGUCCGACAUUGGCCUGGAAACGUCUGCGUUGAAGAAUUUCAACAAUGAAAUCCAAUUAUUGAAGAGACUGAGGCAUCAUCACCUCGUCCGUUGCGCCGGUUCUCACACUGAUCCGGUACGGGUGGGAUUUCUCAUGACACCGGUAGCUGACUGCGACCUGCGAGCCUUUCUCGGCCGUCUCUUCUUCACAGUCAACAACUUGAGAUGUAUCCGAGAAGCUUUUGGUUGUCUGUGUGCUGCUCUCAUCUGUCUUCAGGAACAACUUCGUCGCCGCAAGGAUAUCAAGCCGCGCAACAUUCUUGUGAAGGCUGGCAAAGGAUUCCUCACUGACUUUGGAAUUGCGAACGACUGGAGUGACAAAACAAGAAGUACUACUACGGGUCAGAUUCUUUCGUUCUCGCUCCCGUAUGCCCCAGAGGUGCUCGACUUCAAGCCGAGAAACACU